AUGAACCUCAACUCCUCAAUUAGUCAUGCGUCACAAGCUUGUAACCCUCGUUUCCCUUUUUCUCUCAUGAGAACAGUGACUUCACAAGGGCUUCUUCCACGACAGUUCCCUACUUCGGGCUAUGUAACCUUGGAUCCCCAGGAUAGAAUUGAGGAAGAGACUUUACCAUCUUAUAAGCCGGAGAAUUACUAUCCUGUUUCCAUUGGCGAAGUUUUUGGUUCUAGAUACCAAGUGGUUUCAAAGCUAGGAUAUGGCACUUCUUCUACUGUUUGGCUUUGCCGGGACCUUCAGGAGGGGCACUACUAUACCCUCAAACUAUGUGCAAAGGGUGUAAGCUCUGAUCGAGAAAUCGCUAUCUCAGAACAUUUGGAGAAUUCCGUCAGUGAGACCAGAAAUAAGAUGCUCCGCUUGGUCCUUGACUCCUUUGAUGUUGUUGGACCAGAAGGGAGCUUAUUUGUCUGCCUGAUAUACCAGCCUCUUGGUAUGAGUUUCACUGAUUUUCAAGAUUUGCUCCCCGAUCAAAGGUUCUCGAAGGACCUCAUCCAAAGAAGUAUGCAGCUUAUAUUAAUAGCAUUAUCUUCUAUGCAUGAAAGCGGUGCUGUCCAUACCGGUAAGGCUACAAUAAUAAGCGGACAGGAUGAUAACUAUAGACAAUGUGAGCUGAUGAUUGAAGAUAUUUCACCGAACAAUAUACUUCAAGGAGUGCAAGAUAGCUCUAUAUUAACCAAGAUGGAGGAAGAUGAAUUAAAACGGCCGAUUGCCAGAAAGGUCCUGAGCGACCGGAGUAUUUACUACUCCCGCCCCAUGCCUUUAUGUUCAGGUCUUCCUGUGGUCUCCGAUCUAGGUGAAGCUAAAUUCGGUAAAGAAAAGUACUAUGGUGAUGUCAUGCCAGGAAUUUAUCGCGCGCCAGAAGUCAUUCUAGGUAUGGGAUGGGAUUAUAAAGUUGAUAUCUGGUCAAUUGGCAACAUGGUUUGGGAUCUUGCAGAGGGUCAUCAUCUUUUCUUUGCCAAAGAAAACGGAACUCUCAGCGAUGAGCAGCAUCUGGCUGAGAUGGUAUCUCUAAUGGGCCCUCCGCCCCCAGAAUUCCUAAUCAGGAGCAAUUGGAAAGGCUCUUUAUGUAUACUAGAACAGACUUUUGGGCUCAGAGAGCUGCAUUUUUCUGGGGAGGACAAAGUUCUUUUUCUAAACUUCUUGCGCAGGAUAUUUCGAUGGCUUCCGGAAGAACGCCCGACAGCAGAAGAGCUUGUGUAUGAUGAUUUUCUAAUGCAGCCGAUUAUGGCAAAAAGAGAUCAAUAA